AUGUUAAGUUGGCUUACUUCCAGUACGACCGCUUCCCAAGCCGAACCGGAGACGGUUCUCGCACUGCCGGCUAAUUGGUAUACUUCGCCAGCGAUGCUAGAGCUGGAGCGCCGCGCCAUCUUUUCCAAGAAAUGGAUCCUUAUCACUCACAAAUUGCGGUUCCCUGAAGUUGGCAGUUAUGUCAAGAUUACCGAAGCUGGAUACUCGUUUUUCCUGAUCAAGGAUCGAAACGGGGAGAUUCGGGGCCAUCAUAAUGUCUGCCGCCACAGGGCGUAUCCGCUGGUAGAGAAUGAGAGCGGCAAGAAGAUGACUCUUGCUUGCAAGUAUCACGGCUGGUCGUAUGGAUUUGAUGGCAAGCUGGCCAAGGCACCAAAGUACCAGGAGAUCCCUUCCUUCAACAAGGAAGAAAACGGCCUGUACAAGGUGCAUGUGCAUAUUGACAAGCUGGGCUUUGUAUGGGUCAAUCUGGAUGCUGCUGAAACCCCGUCUUUCUCCUGGGAGGCGGACUUUGCGUCCGUUGAUGAACAGCCACGCUUCGAAAUUUUCAAUAUGGACGACUACCACUACGAUCACUCGUGGGAUAUGAUUGGCGAAUACAACUGGAAAGUUCUAGCUGAUAAUUAUAACGAGUGCUAUCAUUGUCCCACGGGACAUCCUGGUCUUCCCGCAGUGACCGACCUCAACAAGUAUUGGGUCGAAACAGCCGGAUCACACAUCCAACAUUUUGCAGUAGACCAUGCUGACCGCAAGGGUCUCGGAAAUUUCAGCACCUACAUGUAUCCCAACACUUCGAUAACCCUUUCGCCAAUCUUCUUCUUUAUUCAGCGCGUUAUUCCCAUCUCCGCUACGCAGACGUCCAUGGAGUACGAGGUAUACCGCCACAAUGACUCUACAGACGAAGAGUUUACCCAUGUCAGCGACUUUUUCAAGCAAGUUAUGAAAGAGGAUAAGGACCUUUGCAAUGCGACGCAGCAUAAUCUCGAGUCUGGUAUUUUUCUUAGCGGCGAGUUGCACCCACGUGUAGAAAAGGGCCCUCUCUUCUUUCAACAAAUGACGCACGAUUUAAUCACAUCGCAUCAUCGAGAGGAGCAGGAUGCUGGGCGUCAGAUUUGGCCAGCAGUCCCGAAGCACAAGAUUCCAGACAGGAUGCAGGCCGACAUCAACUUGUGCGCCAGCCUGGACUGUACAGCAAGCCGGGUAGACACGGGCGAACUGGCGUGGUGA